CAGCUGUAAACAACAUUUUCAGUCUAUAUCAGGAGGCUCACUGUGGGUUUUAUGAAAUACACACUUCUAACACUUUGUUAAUCUUGGAACUUGCUUUGAACUCCUUUUUUCUUGGAAAACUGCUGUUUGCACUGAAACUUUGGAGAUCACUGCUUUGGAUCUUUUGGGACUUUAUAUUUGGACAAUAUCAUUUUGAAAAAGGAAACUACACCAUAUUCGUCUGCUCUUUGAUGUCUUUCAGUUCCUUAUAUUUGUUCUACUAACUUAUAAUAACGUUUCUCAGUACAGCGAAGACGAUCACUUCCUCAUGUAGAACUAAACCUCUGUACUUCAGUCUGUCUUUCAGCCUCGUGUGGCACAGGACUACCUCCUGUUACUGUAGAUGAUAGAUAAAACCUCAGAUGACCUUUCAGAUGACAUGGACGAUAUUUAUGUAAAUGUGGAAGAUGUGAAGUCUGUUGACUCAAGGCCCCCAUCGAUGCCCCCAUCGAGUCAGACAGGUGCUGGGAGGUUUCACGGAGCUCUUCUCAUCCUGGGGCUGCUCAAUGUUCUCUUGUUGUCUGGACUCAUCGGACUUGGCGUCUGCUUUGUAGAAGUCUGCAGCAUCACAGCCAACCUCACUGAGCGUCUCCAGGACAGUAACAAGCAAGUGUUCUCCCUGGAUGAAGACAGAGAGCGGCUCAGGGCCAACCUCUCUGAAGUGACUGAGGAGAGGAACAAGCUCCGCAGACUGUUUACACAGAGAUGGACGAUGUUCAACAAUUCCCUGUAUUUCCUCUCUAAUGAGCCUGGUUCGUGGACCAAAGGCAGAGACGACUGCAUUAAGAGAGAAGCACAUCUGGUGGUGAUAGACAGCGAUAAAGAACAGAGGUUCCUGUCUGGAUUAACCAAGGAGGCAGCUUGGAUUGGUCUGACUGACAGGGACAAAGAGGGAACGUGGGGAUGGAUCAGUGGAGCUCCUCUAACUGUGAGAUACUGGUGGAAAAACCAGCCUGAUAACGGUGGUAAAGGUUUGGUUAAAGAGGACUGUGCCCACAUCAGUGCUGUAACUGCAGAAUGGAAUGAUCUGCCCUGUGAAAGGUCUCUGCUGUGGAUCUGUGAGAAAACAUGUGACAUGUGUUAGUGCUUUUAUAAAAUCAGAACAGUGCGUCAAAGCAUCAUUUCUGCUGAGUAACAGAGACACUUCGAGCUCAUUCUGCAUCUUUUUUCAACCUGUUUGGUUUGUUGCUCUAUAAUGUAAUAUGCCGUUAUUGUCAAAUGUCAUCAACCCAUGUUUCAAGAUAUUGGCCUGUGGACUAAAGAGAGGGAGCAUCCAGCUGUGGACAGCUUGCACAUCUGGCUCCAUUGGUGACUUUUCAGCAGUGCAUCAUAAUCAGGCAAAGCAGCCGCUGUAAUGACUUUAUGCUGCAGCUCUAAACCCUGUAUUCACAUAUUUAAGGUAAUACACUGUUUCUUACCAGCCACUGUUAUAUCAUACUUACAGUAGAACUGUGUCCUGAAUCAAUGUAUCAAUAAUAAAAUUAUUUCAGCCGAUGUUUGUUAAGUAUCUUACUUUUAAACUGUAUAAAAUUACGCUGAAUAACUGUGAAUAAUCAAGUCACUUCUGUUCUGGUAAAUAAAGAUU